UGGCGGCGGCGGCGGCGGGCGCGGCAUCUCGGCAGCCCCCAGCCCCGGCGCGAUGACCCCCGGGGGCUCCCGCAGCCGCUCCCGCUCGCGGGGCCGCGCGCCUGCGGGGAGGAGCAGGACGAGGAGCGGGGAGGACCGCGCGCGCGCGCCCGGCUGCUCGGGCUCCCACGGCCGCAGGGACAGAAGCAAGCACAAGGCCCGCAGGAGGCGGCGGUCCAGCUCCUCCUCCUCCUCCACCUCCUCCACCUCCUCCAGCUCCUCCUCGUCCUCCUCCUCAUCCUCCUCCAGCCGUGGGCGAAAGAAACGGGGAAAGCACAAGGACAAGAAGAGGAAGAAAAAGAGGAAGAGGAAGAAGAAGUUGAAGAAGGAGAAGGCGAAGGUGCAGGUCGAGGCCCUGCCCGGCCCCUCGCUGGACCAGUGGCACCGCCCCGCCGGGGAGGAGGAGGAAGGCCCAGUCCUGACAGAUGAGCAGAAGUCGCGCAUCCAGGCCAUGAAGCCCAUGACCAAGGAGGAGUGGGACGCCCGGCAGAGCGUCAUCCGCAAGGUGGUGGACCCUGAGACAGGCCGCACCAGGCUCAUUAAGGGCGACGGUGAGGUCCUGGAGGAGAUCGUGACCAAAGAGCGCCACCGGGAGAUCAACAAGCAAGCCACCCGAGGAGAUGGCCUGGCCUUCCAGAUGCGCUCUGGCCUGCUGCCCUGAGGCUGUGGCAUGGCUGGUGGCCACCCAGAGCUGGGUCGA